CUUACAGUGAAUUCUCAGGUUCCAAAGAAAGUUGUCCAAACUUGCCUUUGGGAAAUGGCGAUAUGGCUGGUGCUAUCGAGCUGAAGAGGCCUGUUGGAACUCAUUGCCAUGGAAAAAAAGCAGCAUUCGUUGAGAGCCAUGAGAAACUCAUUGCAAAGAAGAAGCUGUACAUCGCCUCCAUAGUCUGUCUGGUUUUCAUGAUUGGAGAAGUUAUAGGUGGUUAUCUAGCACACAGCUUGGCCAUUAUGACCGAUGCGGCCCACCUUCUGACAGAUUUUGGCAGUAUGAUGGUCAGUCUUUUCUCCUUGUGGAUCUCCUCAAGGCCACCAACCAAGAUAAUGAACUUUGGCUGGCACAGAUCAGAGAUUCUGGGAGCCCUGAUAUCUGUGAUGUCCAUCUGGAUCGUGACUGGGGUGCUGGUGUAUCUUGCCAUUGAGAGGAUAAUAAAAAAUGAUUAUGAAAUCGAAGGCCAUGUGAUGCUCAUCACCUCAGGUUGUGCAGUCGUGGUCAACAUCAUAAUGGCCUACAUUCUGCACCAUUCCACGACCUUCCACAGUCACGGUUCAGGCUACCACAAGAUUGAUGAGAAUGGGAUGAGCCCUGUGGGCCAUGGCCACUCCCACAGCCUCCUGGGUAAUCAUGGGAACACCAGUGUCAGAGCGGCAUUUAUUCAUGUUUUGGGGGAUCUCUUACAGAGCUUUGGAGUGAUGGUGGCCGCCAUCAUUAUCUACUUCAGGCCAGAAUACAAAGUAGCCGAUCCCAUUUGCACUUUCCUCUUCUCUGUGUUCGUCCUGUGUACCACAACUACCAUCCUGAGAGAUGUCUUCCGCAUUCUCAUGGAGGGGGCACCUAAAGGUAUAGAGUUUAAUUCAGUGAAGGAGGUUCUGCUGUCUCUGAAAGCAGUGAAGGCCAUGCAUAGCCUACAUCUAUGGGCUCUCACCAUUGGCCAGAGUCUGCUGUCUGUUCACAUAGCUAUCGAAGAGAACGCUGACCCUCAUAGUGUCUUAAAGGAAGCCGCUGGACUUCUUCAGACCAAAUUUGGCUUUUACAGCACAACCAUUCAAGUGGAGCCUUAUUGCGAAGACAUGAUCCACUGCGCCCAGUGCCAGGACCCUAUGGACUAAGUUCUCCAAGCGCAUCGGUGAGAGGAGGCUGCCUGUAUAAAAUGUA